UUUCACUCUCCCUUCCCCACCUAUACACUUUUUCUCUCCACCGCCAAAUCAAAAGACUAGGGAAAGGAAGAGGGAGAGAGUGUAUUGUGUUGGUGUCAUUUUAGUCGAGAUGCAGAGGAUAUUCUCGAGGGCAGUAUUGGAAACAGAUUCUCUGGUGAGGCGUCGAUGCCUCUCCAACCUAGCCCAUUCCGCCACGGCUCUCCAAGAAAAUGACGCCGUUCUUCCCAAAAUGCCCUCCUUCGACUACACUCCGCCUCCCUACACCGGACCCUCUGCCUCCGAGAUCUUGAAGAAGCGCCAACAGUACCUCAGUCCUUCCAUGAUUCACUUCUACAACCAGCCUUUGAACUUGGUAGAUGGAAAGAUGCAGUACUUGUUUGACGAGAGCGGUCGGCGUUACCUCGAUGCAUUCGGAGGGAUUGCCACUGUAUGUUGUGGGCACAGUCACCCAGAUGUGGUGGAGGCAAUUGUUAAUCAAACAAAGCGGCUGCAGCAUUCGACUGUUCUGUAUUUGAAUGCUGCCAUUGCGGACUUUGCAGAGGCUCUGGCAUCCAAGUUGCCUGGUGAUCUCAAGGUUGUGUUCUUUACUAAUUCUGGGACGGAAGCGAAUGAGCUGGCUUUAAUGAUUGCUCGAUUGUAUUCUGGCUGCCAUGAUAUUGUUUCUCUUAGAAAUGGUUAUCAUGGAAAUGCGUCAGCGACAAUGGGUUCUACUGCUCAAUGCAACUUCAAGUUCAGUGUUGUACAGACUGGAGUUCACCAUGCAUUGAACCCAGACCAGUACAGAGGUGUCUUUGGUUCAGAUGGACUAAAAUACGCAAAAGAUGUCGAGGAGCUCAUUGCCUAUGGAACUUGUGGCCGUGUUGCUGGCUUUAUAGCGGAAGCCAUACAGGGAGUGGGUGGAAUUUUAGAGCUGGCCCCAGGAUACUUGCCUGCUGUAUAUAGCACCAUCAGAAGUGCAGGCGGCCUUUGUAUAGCUGAUGAGGUCCAAUCAGGUUUUGCUCGCACAGGGAGCCAUUUUUGGGGUUUUGAGGCACAUGGUGUCGUGCCUGAUAUUGUGACUAUGGCGAAGGGCAUUGGAAAUGGCAUUCCAAUAGGUGCGGUGGUUACCACUCCUGAGAUUGCGAAGGUCUUGACUUAUCGGAGUUAUUUUAAUACCUUUGGGGGGAAUCCUGUUUGCACUGCCAGUGGGCUUGCUAAUCUAAGAGUGAUAGAGAGAGAAAAUCUUCAACAGAAUGCAUUCAUUGUGGGAUCAUAUCUGAAAGAGCGCCUGACUUCCCUCAAGGAAAAGCAUGAAAUUAUUGGGGAUGUGAGGGGAAGAGGUUUGAUGCUUGGUGUUGAACUUGUAACUGACCGUCAGUUGAAAACUCCAGCUAAAGUUGAAACACUGCAUAUUAUGGAGCAGAUGAAAGAAAUGGGGGUGCUGAUAGGGAAAGGUGGAUUUCAUGGGAACGUGUUCAGAAUUACUCCGCCCUUAUGCUUCACUAAGGAAGAUGCUGAUUUUCUUGUGGGUGUGAUGGACUACACGAUCUCGAAAAUGUGAGGCAUUGAAGGCGAAGCCAAUGCGGUAAAUUGGAUAAAGGAGGCCGUUGAAAUUUCAGCAUGAUGCAAUAAAUUUGUACUGGAACUGGAAGAGCCAGUUGUUAAUAUAUGUCCAUAUUUGUGUGUGAAAUAAAAUGUUAGAGCUGUCUAGCAAGGAGAUGAUGAUGAGACAUCACCUCGUUGUCUCUCUCUCUCCCCUCUUGUUUCAAGAACUUUUCUUAAUACGCUGGCACUUCACUUGUUUUGCGAUGAGCACUGUGCUCAGUCGAAUUUACAGAGGAACAAGAAAAUCAAUGUAGAAACGCUUAGAAUCACUACUUUGAGAGGGUGAUUUGGUUGCAAUAUGGAUAAUUGUUUUCCCGCAAUUGUAUCAGGAUGUGAUUUCUCCAACUUUAGUACAAAGAAUUUCUGAUAAUUUUUUUAAAUAAUAAAUAAUAUUAUAAUUCUUAUUUUUAUAAUGCUAA